AUGUCUGCUGGCUUGACUCUUUCCCAUCUGCCUCGUGACUGCCCCAAUCGCGCCGCAAUCAUGUCUCGCCGACCGCGCACUUGUCCGCGAACAGAUCUCUCCUUUGCUAGCGCUUCCCCUUCCGCGCGCCCGUUUCCGACCCACGGGGAGCUGUUGGCGGGCGUGCUGGCGCUGCUGGACCCGCUGCUGCUGCUGCGCGCGCGCCUCGUGUGCGCGGAGUGGUGCCACGUCAUCAGCUCCUCGCGCCACCUGUGGCAGCGCGUGGUGGAGCGACAAGUGGCGCUGGCCGAUAGGGCACGCUCUGGGGCAGGUAUCGCCAUGGAGAAAGUUGAAGGGGGAAACGCGGAGCGCGGAAAUGCGGAAGUAAGGGGAGGAGCCGCGAGUGGCGAGGGGAAUAGGUUGGGCGGGGGCGAAAAGAAGGGUGCAGCGGGGAGGGGAGCAGAGGAAGGGGGCGGAAAGGCUGGGAGUGGGGGCGGGGGAAGGGAGCCGGGAAGAGGGGAGGAGAGCGCAGAGGGGGGAAGUGGGGGGGAAGAGGUGGAGGGGAUGGGGAGUGAGGGCGUGCGCACGGCCGUGGGGAUGGCGGUGGGCGCGGAGCAGAGGCGGCGCUACGGGCGCGGGGAAGUGAGGGUGUGUUUGAUGCGUGGUCACACAAGAGGGAGGGUGAACGGGGUGGCGAUGCGGCAUGGCGCCGUAGCUACUGGCGGCUCUGAUGAUUGUGUGCGCCUAUGGCAGGUCCCUGCACUCCCUGCACUCCCCUCCCCGCCCUCCUCGCACCGUUCUGCUGCCUCCUCGGCCCCCUCCCCGCCCUCCGCCUUGCCUGCCUGUCGUCAGACGGCUUGCUUCCCCUCACCAGCUGCUCAGCCCAUCACAGCCGUUGAUCUAACAGACAUCAUGGUGCUUGCAGCAUCGGGCACACAGGUCUUUGCGUGGAACAAGGAGACCGGGAAGCUUCUCAGAAGCUUCGGCGGCCACCACCAGCGCGUUCGCACAAUGAGCUACGAUGACACGGACCUGCUAGCAGCAUGCAGCGACGGCACUGUUCAUGUGUACGACAUAUACAGCGGCACGACCACCCACAUCCUCCGCCCACACGCCCGGGCACGUGGCGGGGCAACUGCCAUGAGCUACAGUGGCAGCAUGGGGCUGCUGCUGUCAGGCGGCACGGAUGGCACGGUUCGUCUUACUGACUGCCGCUCCUCGCUGCAACUGCACACCCUGCUCGUCACCGACCCCUCCCCAGUGACGUCAGUGCUGCUCUCCGUGCCCAGCAACAGAGUGAUGGCAGCAUCGGCAUCGGGGCACCUGCGAGUGUGGGACCUCAGCCCACGUAUUCUUACUGCCACUUUCUCGUCCUCCCCUUCCCACCUCCCCAAAUUUAUUCUAUCCCUCUUACCAUGUCAUCUCUCCCCCGCCCUCCCCCUCCACAGGUCUCCUGCUCGCACACUCAUGGAUAUCGCCAUCUCUCCCCCCACCCACACCACACUCGCCCUCCCCUCCUCCCCACUCGCGCUCCCGCCUGUUCUGCUGACAGCUGGCGCCACAGGAUUGGUCCAAAUCCUGGAUGCCGCCUCCCUCGCUCCCCUUCGCCGCCUGAGCCGCCCUCCACUUGCUGAGCUGGCUCUGGGCGGCGGGGCAGGGGUUGCAGUUGAGGUGGAUCGGUGUGGUGGGGCAGGGGAGGGACAGGGAUCAUUGCGUUUGGGAUCAGGGCAAGGCAUGCGGGAAGGUGGAGAAGAUAAGGGGCAGGGCCAGAGUCAGGUGGCUAGGGGCAGCAGGGGAGUGCAUGCUUCGAUAGGGGAAAACGGGGCAGCUGCUGGUGUGAGUAGUGGGGGGGUGUCAGGAGGUGCAGCAUCUGGGGUGACUGGCAUCGCUGCAAGAACAUCCACAUUUGUCACAUCACAUGUUGAUGGAACUGGCACCUUAUGGUUUGCUGGUCUAUAA